GAAAGCAUUUCAGUCUCUCUGAGUGGCUGCAGGACUGUAGUGACUUUGUAAUCUUCGUUUUUUAUUUAUUAUCUUAGUGAAUUUUGAGCACAGACUAUCUGGAUUGUUGGUUAGAAACAGGACAAUGAUAAACAUGCGUCUGAUUUUCACCUUGUACCUGAUUUCAGCUCAGGCUGGCUGUAAUGAAAUGGUAAAAGGAUACAGAGGCGGAAGUGUCAUUGUAAAUUAUAGCUACAAUCCUCAACAAUACAGCAAUCACACAAAAUACUUCUGUAGGAUCACAGAAGGGGAUUGCAGGAACGUCCAAAAAUGGGAUAUUAAAGGAAAGUUCUUUGCUGCGGAUGAUAUUUCGGCUGGAGUUUACAGCGUGCUCAUUAGAAACUUAAGCCAGGAGGAUGGAGUACAAUACAGAUGUGGAGUGGAGAACCGAACAGUAUCAAACGUGCAGCUGCAAGUGGAAAAUGGUCUGUAUGAUGGACAGUCAUUUUCACAGACGACUCAUCCUGGAGACAUGGUUUCUUUCAGCUGUACAUAUCCAGAAAGGCAUAAAAAUGACAUGAAAAGUGUGUACAGAGUGACCAAUCGGAGCAUAUCCGCCAUCAUAUUCACUUACACAGAAUCUGAAGAGAAAGGCAGGUAUGUUCUUAAUGUCUCCUCGACGGAUAACGUCAUCAAUAUGAGCAUCAGCAACGUGACGGUGGAGGAUCGAGGACUUUAUCUGUGUGGAGUUGCAAUGAGAAGGUCUACAUAUGCGACAUACAUAUUUCAUAUCUUCAGUGAAAUGCAGCUUCAAGUUACUGCAACAUCAAGCAACACACCUUAUCCAGGGUCUCCUGUCAUCGGCAUCAUCGUGUACGUUGGUCUGGCUGUAUUGCUAAUUGCAGGAUUUGUGCUGAUUUUCUACAAACUGUGGUCCACAAAGACAAAAGGCGCCUCCUCCUCGCCGGCCGAGAGAGGAAACGUCUGUGAAGAGAGGGAGACAGAGAGAGGAAAAACGGGUGCCUAUUCGGCCUACUAUGACGAGAUUCAGGACACACAAACCAAUACUGUUUAUGCCUUCGCCAAGAAACCCAAAACUUGUCGCAUCUCUCCAAGUCUAGCUGGUAGAACUGCCACUUCAUCUCCAAACACUGUUGAUCAAGAUUUCUACUCCAUGGUCCACCUUUCCAAAACAGAAAAGUAAUAAUAAUAAUAAAAAAAAUGUGGUCAUGAUAAUAAUGAAUAAUCAUCAUUUUUACACAUUUUAAUUGUUAUAAAAUUAGAAUUGUUAAAAAAUCAGUCAUGUACACAGGUCUAGUAUGAUUUACCCACAAGCCCCUCUGAAUUACUCACUAGCCCCUCUCAUUUACCCACUAAACUCUCUGAAUUACCCACUAAGCCCUCUCAUUUACCCACUAAACUCUCUCAUUAACCAAUACGCCCUCUGAUUUACCCACAAACCCCUCUGUAAUCAUAUGAAUUGUCAUAUGAUCAGUUUGUGAAGCAGAAAUAUCAUGGCACUUCCUGUUAACGUUUCAGAAUGUCUAGAGGAAGUGGUUGAAGAAGGGCAAGGCUGUUCUGCUUUUUGUGACCACUACUGUUUACUAUUGUUACACAGCGCAUCAACACCUGACUGAAAUUAGUCACAAAUGUUGUGUGUAUAGUAUGUUUCUAGUAAUAAAAUGAC